AUGACGGGUUCAGUCGCCGAUGCCUCCGCCGCUAGCGGCACCGAAGUUGGGUACCCCAAUGGCCACCUGGGACACCUCAAGCCGGAAGAGCAGGAAGCGCUCGAACGCUUCAAGACUCAUCUGGCGGAAAAGGGAUAUUAUAAGCCAGGGCCGCCGCCUUCGCAUGACGAACAGACUUUGCUACGAUACCUGCGCGCCCGGAGAUGGAGCGUGGUUGAUGCGUUCAAGCAGUUGAAGGAGACGGAGGAUUGGCGCAAGGCGAACGACCUGAACGUUCUGUACGACACCAUCGACCUCGAGGCGUACGAGGCCAGCAGGCGGUUGUACCCUCAAUGGACGGGUAGAAGAGAUAGGAGAGGCAUCCCCCUCUACCUCUUCGAGAUCCGCCACCUCGACUCCAAGACCGUCUCCGCCUACGAAAAAGCCGCCGAAACGAACCCGUCCAAGGCCGUCACCGACGGGCAGACCUCCCCCAAGCUCCUGCGCCUCUUCGCUCUCUACGAGAACCUCACGCGCUUCGCCCAACCCUUGUGCUCCGAGCUGCCGGACCGCGCCCACGCCACCACGACGCCCAUCACGCUGUCGACCAACAUCGUCGACAUCAACGGCGUGUCGCUCAAGCAGUUCUGGAACCUCAAGUCACACAUGCAAGCAGCCUCACAGCUGGCCACCGCGCACUACCCCGAGACCCUGGACAGGAUUUUUAUCAUCGGCGCCCCUUACUUCUUCAGCACGGUGUGGGGCUGGAUCAAGCGCUGGUUCGACCCCAUCACCGUUUCCAAGAUCUUCAUCCUGGGGCCGCACGAGGUCAAGGCCACGCUGGAGGAGUUUAUCGAUCCCAAGAACAUCCCCAAGCAGUACGGCGGCGAGCUGGACUUUACGUGGGGCGAUCAGCCCAAGACGGAUCCGUACAUCAAGGAGCGGGUACACUGGGAGAACGGGCUGACGGAUUUCCCCGAGGGCCCCAAGUACUGGAGGCCGACGGCUGAUGGGACGCGGAUGGAGUGUGUGGCGGUGGGCAGCGAGGGAGGCAAGCAGAGGAUGGUUAGUGUGGGCACUCUUGAGAGGAUCUGUAAUGUGAAGGAUGUAAAGAAGGAGGUUAUUAACGGGGAUGCUUUGGCCGAGGAGGUCAAGGGGUUGAGUGUUGGUGGUAAUGAUGAGAAGAAGGACGUUGUUGAGACGGGCGAGGAGGCUAUGGUUUCUGCAGUCUCCGCUUAG